AUGCUUAUGAUUGGCCUUAUCAUAGGUUAUUGUGUGGCCGAGCUCAUUUCCUACAUAACCAUAUCUGAAGGCAUCGAACCCACCAACUUUCUGGCCAGUACAGACUCUAAUAUCCGUUCCCCGCCAUCCCAUGCUGAUGAUGUUAUACCACAUUUUGAUGUCCUUCGGCACGAUCAUCCAACCGAUAAUACCUCGCUGGCCGAUCAGCUAAAGAAGGAUGUUCGCAUUCUCUGCUGGGUUAUGACCAAUCCGAAGAACCACAAACUGAAGGCCCGUCAUGUUAAGCGUACUUGGGGCAAACGCUGUAAUAUUCUACUAUUCAUGAGCUCCGGAGCGGAUGAUGAACUGCCUACGGUGAAGCUAGAUGUGGGAGAGGGUCGAGAGAAUUUAUGGCGCAAGGUGAAGGAGGCAUUUAAGUAUGUUUAUCGGCAUCAUUUCAACGAUGCGGAUUGGUUCUACAAAGCUGAUGAUGACACGUAUGCAGUGAUUGAGAAUUUGCGCUAUAUGCUAUAUCCGUACGAUCCGGAGACCCCUGUACACUUUGGCUACAAGUUCAAGCCUUACGUGGCUCAGGGUUACAUGUCAGGCGGAUGUGGCUAUGUAUUGAGUCGCGAAGCAUUGCGUCGCUUCGUCGUUCAGGGUAUUCCCAAUCCCAAAAUGUGCCUGCCUGGCACAGUUGUCAAUGAGGAUAUCGAAAUUGGUAAAUGCAUGGAGAAUUUAAAUGUGACAGCGGGCGAUUCGCGUGAUAUCAAUGGUCGAGGACGUAUGUUCCCUUUUGGUCCUGAGGCCCAUUUAAUACCCUAUAAGGAUAAGGGGUUUUGGUAUUGGAAAUACCAAUUCUAUAAGUCAGACGAGGGUCUUGAUUGCUGUUCCGACAAUGCGAUAUCAUUUCAUUAUGUCGCACCCAAACUGAUGUAUGUUCUCGAUUAUCUGAUAUAUCACUUAAAGCCAUAUGGAGUUGUAAGAGCUUCGCAACAGUUACCUGACAAACUGAAAGUGGGCGAGUUCUUGCCGCCACCAAAAGAAGAACCCGCCAAUAGCAAUGAGGAUUCCUUUGAUGAUGAUGAUCGCAUUGCCAUUCAGAAUAAUACAAGAGGUGUACCUAGUAUAGAGCCUGAUGCGAGAGAAGUUGGCUCGAACGAAGUCUAAUCGAAAUUUAAGCCAGAACUGAAAUCCAGGC